GUUUGAAAGGUACAGUCCAGCCCCCACGGGCCCACGUGCGUGCCUCCUCGUGCUCCUCUCGUGGCACUCUCGUCCACCCCCGUGCUUGCGGUAGCGUCACACGUCAUUGUGACGUCAUUCCUUACCCUGUGACGUAACCCAAAGGAGUGACUGUCGGGGACUGCUGGGCUGCGGGGCCUCACGCCUCGUUGUCCCCGUUACACUCGAAGAAUGUCCUCACCCCUUCGGGGGAAGCCCCCGUCGCCCCGGGUGGAGAGCGUCCACUGCCGGGAGACGUCGACGGUGCGCGUGGAGACCUCGUCCCACCGCGUGGAGACGUCCUCCCGGCAGGUGCGGACCUCCUCCUGGCAGGCGGAGACCUCCGAGCGCCGCUGCGAGCGGCCCGCCCCCUCCUCUGGGAAGCGGCUCCCCCGCGUCCUCGAGGUAUCCUCGCAGCACGUGGAGACCUCCUCGCAGCGCACUGAAACGUCCUCCCGCCACGUACAGUCCUCGUCCCUGCGGGUGGAGACGGCUCUGCACCGCGUGGAGAGCCCGCCCCGGCGGGACAGGUCGGCAGCCCGCCAGAAUGUAAAAAUGGCCCGAUGAAUCGCUUCCCAAAGGCCAGGCAAGGGCCAUGGCCCGGAGCCAGGGCAGAGCUGCCUCCAGUUUGCGGCCAGCCGGCUGCCAGGUGGACCAAUCAUCUUUGGCUUCAUGGAAACAGCCCAUAAAUCAAUGUAAGAGAGAGCCAAGCUGCGGUUUCGGGACUCAGCCAGCUCUUAUUGACCGUGCGGCACCUUGGACCACACUGCCUUUGACCCAGUGAUUUAACUUGAAGCCAACACAAAACAUUUUGAGGCCCACGAUACUGGAUAAAUUGAACUGACAGAUAAAGAGGCUGUUUGAACCUCUGAGCCAGUUGAUCUUCAUGGUACACAUGGAAAAACUGAAGUCCGUAGAAGCCGAAAGUAAUUUGACCAGGAGCGAAGGUUCUUGCAAUCACUAUUCACUGCCUCCCAGGAUGGUUUCUUUUGAUAGCCAAAUAAAGGUGGAUUUGAAAGAACCUAUCCUCCCAUCUUCUCAUUUUGGCCACUUCGAAUAAACCUUUCUCCAUUGCCAAGCACCAGUGUCUCAGUGAUUGGCUUCCUGCACAUCAGACACAGGAACUUGAGAUUAAGAGGUUCAGUAUCAUGUUCAGGAGAAAUCCUAGAGGCCAUCUGAGGAGCAGGGGACAUUCAAGCCUGAGGAAGGAAGACAAGGUGAGCAGCUCUGCUACUAUUUGAAGGAAGAGGAAGCCUCCAGAGCAGAGCUAGAAAUCAAAGGUGAAAAGCUACAAGGAGAUGCAUCUGGGCUCAAAAGAAGGAAGAAUUUUUUAAAUGUAUUCAUUAUAAGAUCUACAGACAAACAUAAAAAGCCCAGCCCCAUUGAAAUCCCAGCGCUGUGCCACAUCUGUGUCAGAUCUCCAAGGACAACUUUUCUAACCAUUGAGCCAGUCCCUUGAUGGACUGGGCUGCCUGGCACACGUGGUAAGCACUGUCUCCCUAAGCACAGAUGGGGGGCUAGACAGCCACCUGGGUAGAGAUGCCUGUUGGACAGGAGGGCCUGGAAGGUCCCAUGAAGCCUGAGGUCUGAGGGUGGCAGGGGGAAGAAAAAGUUGGAGGACCAUGGGGCACCUCUCCUCCUCCUGCUCCCGUGCCUGAGUCAACAAAAAUGUUUCAUCUCUCCUGUUCCCAAGCUGGACUCACUCUUCCCCCCACCCAUAAGCCAUAGUUCAUCUUAUUUUGUUCUCUCCCAGACUUUCAAAGAGCUCUCUGUACUCACGGUUCAAACUUGCCCAUCCUAUAGGCUUUCCCUACCCUUGCAGCCUCGCCACGCCAAUCUCCUUUUCAAAGUCUUUUCCUGUGGUUCCUGCUGUCACACCAGUGGGCUCUUCUCUGUCCCCAUCCUCCCUGUCCCUCUGUAACAUUUGACACUGGGAACCAUCCCCUCCUUCUCGGAAUUUUCUCCAUUGGUUUCCCUGAGUCUAGUCUGGCCCCAUCUCCUUUCACUAUGUCCUCUCCCCCCAUCCCAAACCCCACAGUGUCAGUGGUCCCCAGAGUCCUUUCCUCAGCCUUCUUUUCUCGCUUUGCACCCCCUACCCCCGCACUCACAGCACCAGCUGUUACCUGAGGGCUAAUGUCCCUCCCACCCGGACCUCUCUCCUCAGCACCAGACCUUCAUGACCUGCAUCUUGUCCUUGAUGGCCUAGAUUCAUCUUCUGUUCAAAGUGUCCAAAACUGGCCCAUCUGCCUCCUGUCGCCGACUCCCCACCAUAACUUUGGCCCUCUUCCCACACACCUCCGCCUGCAUUUCCUCCAUGAAUAACGCUGUCUGCCCUGUUGCUGGUAGAAAUCUCCAUUAUCUUUGACUUCUGUCUCACAAUUACCAGCCCCCAUGGAAAUCAGUCCAGGGGAUCUAUCUGCUCUGUCUCUUGAAAUCAGCCCAUGGCCAUUGCCCUAGUUCAGAGUCCUGUCAUCUCUUUAAAGGCCUGGUCUCCUUUCCUCUCUUCUGAUCCAUCUCUGAAAUGCUACCAGAAUUAGGUCUCUAAAACACAUUUCACUCUUCCUCUUCCUCAAACGCUGUCAGUGCUUCUGCACAUCCCUACACCAUGCCUAGCCUUGCCGUCAGUCUCCAGCGUCGUCCACCACCAGAUCUCUCUAGGCACUCUGUGCUCCAGCUAUGCCCUGCUUGCGCUCACUCCUGAAGAACACACUUUCCGUGGCCUGGUUUCAAGUUAUGCUGGGACUGCCACACCACUCCCUGGAGGAACAGGAGGAGGAGAGCCUCAGAAUGGGAGUUGGUGAAGCCAAAGAAGCUGCAGGGUCUGGUGUUCGGUGAGGCUGGAACACCAGGUGUGGCUUGUCCAUUGUCCUUGUCUGACCCAGCAGGCACUUCUGGAUGAGGGUGUGGCGUGUACCAGCCCCCAGUCAAGCACGUUAGUGUCCAGGGCCUGGAUCCAGUCCUGAGACCUUUAACUCAAGGCAGGAGCCUGGGUGAGAUGUAAGAGAUGCCGUAAUUCCCUGGAGCCCGGGAGCCAGCAUCAUGACCAGGCCCAGCUUCGUACUGCUUCUCUGAUCUCAUCUCCUGCCACUGCCUCCCAUCCCCCCAGCUUCUUUUCCACCUUGCUGGCCUUCAUACUAAUCCUUAAAUAUGUCAAGUUUAUUCCUGCCUCAGGGCCUUUGAACUUGCCAGAUACACUGCCUGGAAUGCUCUUCCCCACAUUUUUUAAUGAGUUGCCUCUUCACAUCAUUUAGGUGUCAAAUGAAAUGCUGAUUUUAUUGAUUAAAUAUCCCCUCCACCUCCCCUACCUUCAUCACCCUUAUCCUCUAACCCUUAUUUUGUGUUUGUCCGUAGCACUUAUCACAGUGUGCAUUUAUUCACUUGUUUAUUGUCUGCGUUCCACACUGGAGGGGCAAGGACCUUGACUUGUUUGUCGCUCUAUCCCCAAAAGCCUUUAAUAGUACCUAGCACAGAGCAGGUGUGCAGUAUGUGAGGGAUGAACAAACGAAUGAAUGGAUGAGAGGGCAAGAUGAAUUUCAGGGCCCUCAGCAUUGUGGACAGACUGAAAUUGCCACUGUGCUCUCUGCAUUGCUCUGGGCAGGAUUGGCUGGCACUGAGCCAAGGUCCUUGGCAGGCUCCCGGGUGGGGAGCUGGGGGAGGCCUCGGUGGACUCUCAGUCUCACCCUGACCCUCCAGUAUUCCUGCUGCCAGGUGAAAUCCUGCCUGUCCUCGGGGCCGUGCUCCAUUCCCACCUCCCCGGGGAGCCUUGGCCAGUCCUCCACACAUCGCCCUCCACCCCUGAGCCUACUUGUGGGUGUCUCACUCCCCACCACUGCUCCCUCUCUGUACAGCCCCAUGUGAUUGCUCCUCGAAUUAUCCUUCGUUGUUUGCUCCUGUCUACCAUGAGACCGAAAGCACAUCAAGGGCAGGGACUGUCAUAAAGCCUCUUUGUGCUCAGAAUCUGCAUGGACCCAAUGAACAAGGACACAGGCCUGGUCACUGACUGUUCUCGGCCCCUGUAAGGCAGGGCCUCCCUGGCAGUAGGCAGGGCAGGCACGAGGGGCGUAGCUUCUCCAGGGCAUGAUUCAGGGCCCGUUUGGAAAGCCAGACAGGCUUUGAAUAGAGACAAUUGUUUGGUGACAUAGGCUCGUUCGUAUACUCUGUGGUCUUUUCCCCUUCUCCUCUUCAUUCACACGCAAUUUACUGUUCCCUCUCCUUGCCAGAUUCUGUGGCGGCCACUGGGAGCCAGGGGACGAUUCAAGUUCAGAAUCAGGUCUGUGCCUGCUGCAGGGGCAGGCCAGGAGGGCCAACCCCACAAUUCCUCCUUCCUUUGCCGUCAGUCUGUUAUAAAUUGCCUUCACCCCAUGAUGGUCCAGCUGGGAGUCCAGAUUUCAGCUAGCUUAAACCGACUGCUGUGCUUGCAAAUAGCAGGACGCUUCAGAGCCUGCAAAAUCACUUUAUCCCUUUUCUUAAAUGAGGACCCAACCCCACCAUAUCUGCUUUGGUUGGGCUCUCUGAGGUGUGACAUUGGAGUGACUCAGCAGGCAUCACCCAGACUCCCUGGGGCCACCAGAGUGAGUGGUGAGGUGGGCAGGCUUAGCUGAGACUGUCUCCCCAGCAGUCUGAGGUCUGUGGAUUAGGCUUCAUGGUUAGAGAGCUCCAGACAGGGAGCCGCAGGGAAGGCCCCUUGGGAAGACAGGAGUGUCUGUCUGGCCAGCCCAGGAGUCAAGGACCACCUUUCACUAGCAGGGGUGGGGCCGGCCGAGCAUCCAGGUGGCUCUUUUAUGUAAUUAUUAACUUUCACUUACAGAUGGUUUUAUUUUCUGCUUAUUUGCUCAUAUCAUAAGGAUCCUUAAGUGUUAUUAUAUAGUCUUCAUAUUUCCUAUUUUUAAAAAUAUUCACAGCGGCCGUACUACAGCAUAUUGGACAUAAUGGAUAGCACUGGACUCAUCAUGUUUUAUGUACAAACCUGUUAUUUUUUUUGUUGAAUUAUUUCCUUGCAACACAUUCCCAGUAGUGGAAUUACCACAUAAACAGGGAUGAACACUUUAAUAGCUCUGGAGCUGUGUUGCCCAAUUUCUUCCCUAGAAGGCAGUGCUAAUUUACAGGGCCCUGGCAGUGUGUUUAAGCUGGUUUGCGCACAGCCUCCACAGCACGGGAUGUUAUUUUGUUAAUGUGUGCUAAUUUAGUAGGUGUAAAAUGGCACGUCAGGCGCUCCACGGUGCCUCUCCCUGUUACAGCGAGGAUGAGCGUGUUCUAGGUGCUGGUCCACUCUUUGUAGUCCCCUCUUGGUGAUGGUCCCCCUGCCGCCUCUCAGGCACUGUCUCUGGGUCUGUCUCUCUCCACUUGUCCGCCCCUCGCUGACUGUGUGUCGUCCUUGCACUCUCUCUCUAAUCCUGUCUGUCUGUCUCAGUCUCUCAGCUUCUAAAUCCUGUCUUUCUCUGGUUUCUAAGUGGGCAGGCACAUGGCUGGUUCAUGGAGGCCCUGGGCAAGCCCUGACAAGCUGCCAGGUAAACCGGACGCUUGGGCCAUUGGCCUGUAAGGCCUCCCUCCCUGCUGGACUCAGAUAGGGCCCUUCCUUCUACCAGGGACUCAUCAAGAACCCUUUCAUCUCUGCAGGUGGCCUCAUCUGGGCUGACCUCCUGCAAAAUGGCUGGGAGUGACCAGGCUGUCCCUCAGUGACCCCCUCCAAUGAAGCGUUCCAGGCUCUCCACCCUCAGGGCAACCCACUAGAUGGGCCUGCAUGUCCUUGCAUUUGGGGACGUGUGGUCUGACAGAGCCAGUGAGUGGGGUCCCCACAUCCAGAUGUGUGGACAGCAGCAAGGCCCACAGUGGUGACAACCCAGAGGCCUGUCUUCCUGCUCCAACGAGCCCCUGCCUGAAGUGUCAGAAAGAGCUCACCUCUCAGGUGGAAAACUCAGCACCAGAUGGGUGGGGGGCCCCCAGCGCUCCGACAGAGCGGGGCUGGGGCACUGCCCACUUCAGGGGCACUGAGGGUGCUCGGGCACUUGGGAAGAUUUCAGAAAGGCUUUCGGAAGGCAGCUCAAGGGGAGUCUGUGCAGAUGCACUUGGUGAACCUGUGGUUGGCGGAUUGCUGACUCCAGGCACUGGACCUGUUGCUGCUUGAUGCUGAGACGGGCGGGACAGAGAGCUUGGGUUUCUGCAGUCACCUCUCAGACCCGGGGAUGGUCUCAGCGCAUAGAAGUCAGAGAGCGUUAAAAGUCAGACAGGAGCUCAGACAUCAAGUUCCACCCUCUCAUUUUAUUUAACAUUUUUAACACUCAGCUCUUUUAAAAAAUAUUAUUAGACAAGUAACACAUGCCCAUUCUAAAAUAUUUGGGAAGUACAGAAAACAAUAAAGAAGAAAAUGCAGCCCUA